AAAAAACUCAGAAUCUUGUCCUUAAUAUUCCCAUGAAAAUCAAUCGAGAAAAUGGAAAUAUACUGGUUACCCAGAUGGAUUCUUCUGCUACUCCGCCUUUGACUGAAACUCUCUUACCUUUCUAUCAAUCCUCCUCCCCUGUUUGCUUGGAUCCGAAACCUUCAUCGCUGAACAAUUCCGGUAGCAGUCUCACCUACAACAACAUUCCUCCUUUUGCUUCACCUCGGAAACGCCAACGGGAUUCGAUGAUGAUGAUGAUGGGUGAUCCCCAUCAUCAUCACGAAUUCAACACCGAUUUCAUACCAUCUCAAAAAACCAAACUCUCCGGCAGCUUUUUACCAUUGCUUGACAACGUCAUUGUCUCCCAAAUCCAACUUCAGCAAUCCGAGAUCGACCGAUUCAUCAUCCAACAUGAGGAACAGAAAUUGAAACUGGAAGAACAGAGAAAAAGGCAAUCGAGAAUGCUGGUGUCGGCGAUUCAACAAGGGAUCACCAAGAAACUCAAAGAGAAAGACGAUGAGAUACAGAGGAUGGGAAAGCUCAACUGGGUUCUCCAAGAGCGAGUCAGAAGUCUAUGGGUUGAGAAUCAGAUUUGGAGGGAUUUGGCUCACACCAACGAAGCCACCGCCAAUUCUUUGCGCAGCGAUUUAGAACAGGUUCUAGCCCACUUCGGAGAAGACUGCCGUGCUUCCACCGCUGGCAACGACCAAGCUGCGGUUGUUAAGGAUGAUGCAAAGUUGUCACCCAGUUCCUUUAUGGCAAAGUCGUGAGCUUGUUGUCUCUUGCCUCUAGGUUGAAUCACAUAAACAGAUUUCCACGGUUUGUUGUCUCUUGCAUACCUAAUUUGCCUCUAGCUCCAUCUCAGAAUUGUGGAGCCCUUCUUUUUUUUUUUUUAAAAUGGGAGCUGUGGCGCCGAGCGAGAAGGAAAUUUUAGCAAUUUUUCUCAUGUGACGGAAUUUUAAAUCUGAACUAUCUGUGUUUAUGGUUUUGAAUCCAAUAACUUUAAUUUUUAGUAUGUUUUUGGUCCGUAUCAAUUUUGAUCAAAUCGGUCUUGAUCAUAGAAAAACUCUAUAUAUAUAUAUAUAUAUGCAUGCCGUUUCUAUAUAAUUUAUAUAUACGUAUAUAUUUUUGUAUUAAAUUAGAAUUAUUAUUAUUAUUUUAAAGGUUCUUUUAUUUUGAAAUUAGAUUCCCUCUCUCAAGUUACCACCUUCCCCCUCUCUCUCAUGAAAAACCAAUCCGACAUCCCACCUUAUUCACUUGUUGCCUGCAAUCAUUUUCUUCGUCGGAAUCAUUCAUUUUUCGGUCAUUAUUUGCUGAUCCACCCAUAACAAAUCAAAGUCCAUACUUCAAACUAUAAUAGACAAAACACAUCAUGUUGCGCUUUCGCAUUUUAUAUAUAUAUAUAUAUAUAAUAUGUAUUGGUUACCAUUUUAUUAGAUGAAUGUAUAAGCUGGUGCAUCAUAAAGAAGUCAUAAAACUGUUAGUUUCCCCAAUAAAUGGUCAAAUAAUUAGAAUUCCCAUCUUCAAUAUCAACAAGUAUGUAACACCCCGUCCCAAAUUGCACCGGAAUCCGUGCACGUUGACCGAGGUUGACCGUUGACCGAGCGGGUCAAAAGUUGACUUUUUAUCCCAGUUGGAAUUUCUAGUUGACCAGGGUACCGUGGCGAAGUGCAUGAUGCCCCAAGUUCGUAGACUAGUAGCACGUUGAAAACAGAGCUACGGUUUGAAAGUUAUGGGCAAAACAAGUUGAGGUGCAAACAGUCCAAAAGGUGCCGAGAGUUGACUUUUUCUUGUGGUGUAAUUUUGUUUUGACUCUUGUAUGGUUGUAAAGUACUCGUCGAUACGAGUUCAUAGACUAGCAGCACGCUUAAAUCGGACAUUUGGUUAAAAAGUUAUGGACGUUUGAAGUUCGCCGGAUACCGUAAUAUUUUAUUAUAUCUGGCUUAAGUGCACAGUGACGCCACAUGUCAUCACCUGAUUGGUCCACGUGGAAUGAACAGUGUCACCACGGUGGCUUUUAUUUGACAAAAAUCUCGGGGAAGAGAGAGAAAGAGAGAGAGAGAGAGAGAAACCGACCGGCCGUCGGAAUUUUCAAAUUUUUUGGCCGAUUCACAUUACACGCGCCGGCUAGACGGACGCCUCUCCCCAUAUCCGGCAAAACCCCAAAAUUUCACGGCCGUUGGUCGUCGGACGCACCCGGAUCGAGGCGGCGAAGUUCGGCGGCGAUUUUUCCCUCCACCGCCGUUUGACCCCUUUCCGGCCAUUUUUAGGUCACACGCGCCAGCCACCCCUCACCACCUCCUCAAGUCCGGCCUACCCACCAAAUUGCACGGCCACCGAACCUCCGAUGCGCCGGGAUCGGAGCUUUUUCCAGCGAGGGGCCGAAAUUCUUCAAACCCCGAUUUCUCCGCCGUCCGGCCUCCGUUUGCCUCACCGCCAGUCCCGUUGAAUUCCUCUCCCCUCGAUAUACAAAUCUGCAAAACAUCUCAGCCAACGGCCACCGCAUGCGCCGCCGCCGGCGACAGUUGCCGGUGACCGCGGCGGCUCGCCAGAAGUUACUGUUCCGGCGAGUACCCAGUCGCACCGCCGGUCUUUGUCCACUGUGUUAGACCUCCUGAACCCGAAUCCGGCAUCCUUUUCCGCCAAUUCGCGACGGUUUGGGAGAAUUGAGGAGUCGAAAUCCGAAAGCUUUCAGGCGAGAUUCCGGCCACCUCGGGUCCGAUCACUGGAAAGUAAGACCGAAUCCAUGAUCCUCAUUACUCAAGCUUGAAUUCGGUAUAUAACUCGUAACUUUUAGUUGUCGUUGUGUUCGCUCCCCAGGUACCCAUUUGGGAAUUAUCCGAAUAAAAUAUUAAUAUAUUUGGUUGGUAUACUGUGGAUGUUUUAGGUUCACGCGCGAGUAGUGGAGUUGAUCCUGCGGAGGAUCUUGGCUGAUUUAUGUGCUUAAGGUGAGUGACCCACCUUCAAAAAUAUUUUGGGCAAUUAAUUAUGUUUAAUUGGUAUUUAAAUUAUGCUCAUGUGGUACAAGUUAGUUAUGGUUUUAUUGUGAUUUAAUUUAUUUAUUAUGCAUGAGUAAAGUAUAUUUCGGUAAUAAUCAUACGAGGUUUUAAGUAUUAUUUUCGGGCAUAAUUGGGUUAAAUGUUUUAUGAAAAUAUUUGUUUAAAUUGUAUAAAUUAUGCCCGCGGUAUUUUAAUUGUUGAACCUCGUAUUACGAGAAAAUUAUGGUUCAUUUGUUAUCGAUGUUUUCGUACCAAUUUGUUAAAUAAAAAUAUGUGGGAUGAUAAGUGAGAAAUUUUGGUAUAUUUUCCACGCUAAUUUUAGAAAACGGUACAGUUGGUUUUAUAAUUAUUUUAGACGCAUUCAUACAGUAUUGGUGUUCUGGUAUAUGUAUAUGUGGUUCAGCCCGCAAGUAUUAUUAUUUCACCAGUUAGUUGCCAUUGGACCGUGGGUAGGCAAGUUUGUUAUUGGCCACAGCCGCCCCCCUCCUUGGCCGGGAUAAUGGUUUCAGCAGCGGUACUGUCGGGACGCCGACGUGCCGUUUGCAAGUUUCUCUCUUUAAUCUCCCCGCCAGUCGGUGCUCAGGACGCUGGGUAUCGGAGGGCAUCAUCGGUAUAUGGUGUGAUGCAUCAAGUGUAAUUUUCAAAUAAGUUUCAAACCCCAAAGGUGUUCAAAAAUUUGUUUAUUAUAAUUUAUUACAUUUUAAUUAUAUAUUGGGGUAUUUAUUUAUUUAUUGUUUAUCAAAUGUUUGAUCCCUUGGUUUUCGGGAAGUACAAAUAUCGGGUUUUGUGAAAUCGUUUUAAAAAGGAAACAUUUCCAACGGAGUGAUUGGUGAGAGUUUUGAGGGAAAAUUAUCAUUUCCAACUGUUAUUAUUUAUUUAUUAAUUGUUGGUAUUAAUUCAAUUCCCUUAUUUGUUAUAUUAUUAUAAUUAUUAUCAUUAAAAGUGUUCAGUAGUUAGGGUCACUCAUUGAGAUGAUUAGCAUCUCACGUUUUUAAGUUCCGAUUCCCUUAGGUGCAAGGGGUGGUAGACGUUCUUCCGGAGCGAACCAAUUUUCCGCUGCUAUCGUGUUUCGAGAAGUACCUUUGUACUCAUUCAUUUCAGUUGUAUUAUUUCUUUCAUCUUUGUUGUAUUUCUGUUGAUUAGCACUUCAUAAAGCUCUGUAUACUAUUUGGACACUUAUGUUUUAUUUAUGCACUGGGCUGCUGUUAUUGUUGUGAAGUGCUGUAAAUUGUGGAACAACUUGUAGUUUUGCGGGAGGAAUAAGGGGGUGAAUAUAGAAGUGUGUUUUCAGUGCAGGUAAUUUUUGUUAAGUCCUACCCUUAGGGGAGGUGCUGCCGGAUUUUCCGUUAAAAGGUUCGGUGGUAUUUCCCUGGGAUCAGGGCUUGUUUAGGGUUCCGGGGAGGAAUUCUGGACGGGUCCUGACAAGUAUAUAUAAAGACCUGCUACCAUAUGCAUUAACAAGCAUCAUGGUGCGGAUUCGCACCAAAUUAUAUAUAAUUGAUAGGGUGUUACAUGCACUUUACCCCGAAUUUAUGUAAUUUAGCACCUACCCACACUAUUGUAGCAAAAUUUUAUAUAUAUUUCUAAUAUAUUAAUUGCCAUUUAAUCAUAGGCGAUAUACUCAUUUUCUAUCCAAAAUUAAUUAGAACUGCCUUUAAAUGCGGGUCCCUUAUAUAUGGACUCCUUGUAGUCUAUGUUUAUUAAUAUUAUAGACAUGCUUAAUCAUUCUUUUAUCAGGAUAACAUGCAUAAUGAAUUUUUCAUCAGGACUUCUUUUAUUAUUCAUUAGAUAUCUUCAAAAGCUGAAAUUUAAAAAGAUAUUUAGAGUUUAUAAGAGUCCUGACAAGUUGCGUUUUACUCUUCUACGGUUUUAGUAUUUCAUUAGAUUUAUAUAAAUCUCUAAAUGCAUUUUUAAAUCUCAACCGUUGAAGAAAUUCAAAGAUUAAAAAGAAAUGUCCUAAUAGAAAAUCUAUCAGAAUAUUCUUAUUAGAGACUAACAGGAAACAUGCAUGUUUAGAAUUCAAUCUAAAUUUGUAUCACAAAUCUUGAAGAAUCUCCACAUUAAAGCAAAUUUUUGUAUUUCAAAUAUUAACCUUCCUUGAAUUAAAAUUCAAUUUGGUGGACAAAACUUAGAAAUUCAAAU